CUAAGCCUAUGGCUCAGUUUCUUCCUUGAUUGCCAAGCUUCGUUAAAUCUCGAAGUCGUCCGUUCUCCCUUUUUCUCGAAGUCAAGGCGUUCUCGCGGCGGAGAUUUUCCUUUCCGGCGGAGAAAAAAUGCCCAGUUCGACGCAGAAUGAAUUGCAAUCAGAGCAAAACAACUCCGAAGCAACGAGUAUCGAAACCAUCCAGCCACCUCUAGAUAUCAUAACUAGAACUAUUAUCGAAAGCACUGCACGUUCUGUUUCCAAAAACGGCUUGGAGCUUGAGAAAAAGAUCAUUGCCUCUUCGACUGAUCCAAGAUUCAACUUCUUGAGGAACACGGAAGAUCCUUGUCACGGAUAUUACAAGCGAAAGCUUGCUGAAUAUUCUGCUCAGAAUCAAGAUGAUUCUACAAAUGAACCAAACAUCAAAAUCUUUCACGCACCUAAAGAUGUACCAACUACAAGUAUUGUCGAUACAACAGCGCGUUUGGUUUCCAAAUUUGGGUUGGAGUUUGAGAUGAUGGUUAAGGAAUCUAAUACAGAUGAUGAAAGAUUCAACUUCUUGAAAAGCUCUGAAGAUCCUUAUCACGCAUUGUACAAGCAAAAGCUUGAUGAAUACGCAUCAGAUCCUCGUGACGAAUAUUAUCAGCGCAAGAUUGCUGAAUGCUACUCUCCGUCUAGGGUUCAGUCUCAAAGACUUGAUCUGCCUAAUUUUCUAGAUUGUAGAGUUCUUGAAGGGAUGACGCUCGAGGAGCUUGAUACCGUUAAGGUCACAGGGCAGUUUGUGGCGUGGUAUGGGGAUGUUUUUCGUGGGAAACUGAUGGAAAGAGUGAUGAUGAACCAUCAGUUUGAGUUUAUGAAGCAAACUGAUUACAGGUUCUCUUUCUUCAACGAGUUUGUUGUUGGGUAUUCGCAAGUAUUAAAUCCUCCCAAAUAUUUGAAAGAUAAGCUGAAUAACAAUGCCGCCUAUAUGACCGCCAUUCUUGAGGCUUUUCUCGAACGUAUUCUAUGGGAUCAUGUUCAGGAGCUUAAAUGGCUUGAUGGAGGGGAGAAUUCUAUGAUUGAAUGGCAUAACUCUGCGUCCAAAGAUUUUGUGGAGGAUCAUGAGUUGCUACCUAUGCUUGAAAUGUCUCCUCCUGCACCACUUCCUCCACAGAAGAGACCAGAGUUGGAUGAGUCAGCCCUUGUUCCACUUGAGCCAGAAGACCAGUUUCUUGCACAACAUGAGGGUUUGUCUAUAAUCAGGGUGAUUUGUGUUCCCGACGGGCAAGUAAUUAAGAUCACAGUGCAGUCGUUGUCCGAAAACGUAGCAAGUUUGAAGGAGAAAAUAGCUGAGGUGGUCCAGAUUCCAGCAAACAAACACAUGUUAAGUGGAAAUAGAGCGGUUUUAAAGGACAAUGAUAGGUCACUUGCUUAUUACAAUGUGAAAUCAGGAGCUAUCUUAAUACUGGACGUGGUCUGAGACAAAGAGAUGGACACAAAGGCUUGUAGAUGCUGGGACAAGGGAAUGCUUUUGAUCAAUCUUUAAAUACAUGUUUUAAAACUCUCUCUUACUGCUACAAGAAUGAUUAUUACUUAUUGACUUAAGUUUGUUUUAUUUUGGCAGCUACUUCUUAUGGGUCAUGGUGAAGCUCUUUUAGAGCAUUUUGGUUUCUAUUCUAAAGUUUUCAAUAACUAAACAAAUUGACUUGUAAAAAUAUCAAUAAGGAUGUUAUAUCUCAUUCUUUUAUUCCAAAUUGAA